AUGGGGCGGAGACGCUCGAGCCGCGCUGAGGAGGAGGACGCGGAGCCGCCCGCGGCCGCGCCGGCUCCGCAGACGCCGCUGCCGUGGGGCAUGGAGAAGACGGAGAUGCAGCCCAGCUCGCUGACGGCGCUCACGGACGACAAGCUGGCGCGCUUCGUGCUGGGCCACCAGAAGAAGACCAAGUUCCAGAAGGAGCGCGAAGACCGCGAGGCCAAGAAGCGGCAGGCGGACGAGGAGGCCGCCAAGAUCUACGCGACGUUCGUGGCGUCCUUCGACAACGAGGACGAGACCAAGGGCAAGGCGUUCGUGCGGGGCGGCACGCAGGAGAGCGGCCGCCAGUCGGCCGGACUGAGCGGGGAUGUGUACAGACUGAGGGCGAAGGAUCCGCCGUCGGCGGCCACAGCGGCGGCGGCGGGCAAAAAGGUGUCGGAGAUGGACAAAAUGCUGCAGGAGAUCAAGCAGAAGGACGCGGAGCACCGCGAGCAGCUUCAGACGACGCAGAAGCAAAAAAAACGGCGAGCGAUCGACGAGUUCCUGGAGGAAAUGAAGGAGCGAGGCCCAGCACCUGUCUCGGUGGAGGGGGCGGCCAUGACGAAGGGGUCGUUCGACACCGGCGACCCGGAGACGACGAAUUUGUACGUGGGCAAUUUGGCGCCGACGGUCACGGAGGAAGUGCUGGAGAAAGAGUUUGGUCGCUAUGGCGACGUGUACUCGGUCAAGAUCAUGUGGCCGCGGUCGGAGGAGGAGCGUGCGCGUAGGCGCAACUGCGGCUUCGUAAGCUUCUAUGAGCGGCGUGAUGCUGAUGACGCCCGUGUUAAUCUCGACAACAAGGAGUUGGAAGGUCAGCCGAUAAUCGUUGGCUGGGGCAAAGCUGUUAAAAUUCAGCCUCGAGCUCGUGCGCCGGGGGUGUUGCUCCCAUCUCCUGUGACCCCACCGUCGGUCACUACCCCUACCAUUCCUUCGGCUAAUGUCGGAAUGCGGACAAUUACAGUCGAGAUACCUGCCGAUGGAUCAGUGAAGCGGCGCGUGGAUCGCCUCGCUCGUUACGUGGCAGCGGAUGGACUACAGUUCGAAAAUGCUGUCCGCAUGCGCGAGGCCAACAACAAGGCCGACUACGGAUUUUUGUUUGAGCCGCAAUCGCCUUUAGCACUUUACUACCGGUGGCGAGUCUACUCCUUCGCGAUGGGAGACGAUGAAUAUUCGUGGCGUGAGAACCCGUUUCAGAUGACAGCCGAUGGUCCUAUAUGGGAUAGAAGCCGAGAUAGAAGACAUUUUGACAGUCGGACUACCCGUGAAUCCACUAUCGUGGUCAAAGAUCAAAAGCUGCUGACUGGCCAACAACUGGCACGCGCACGCGACUUGGAGCGAGGACGGGAACGCAACCGACUGUCCAAUGAGGAUUAUGACGAUUUCAAGGAAUUGCUCAGCGAGCUGACCCUGGAAAGAGAAUCCGUCAAGAAAACGAUGGGUUUCGCACUCGACAAUUCAGAGGCAGCGGUGGAUCUCGUCAACGUUAUUCUAGAGUCUUUCAAGAGCUCUUCAGCUUCUGGCGUCACGCUAGUUGGGCUGCUGUACGUGACAUCCGACAUUUUACACAACAGCUCAGCUGCCGUGAAAAAUGCAUCGCUCUUCCGCACAACAUUCCAAGAGUGCCUGCCAGAGAUUAUGGACACUUUGCAUGUUGCGCACAAGAGCAUCGUCGGUCGUAUGUCUGCCAACGCCAUGAAGGACAAAGUGAUGAAUGUGCUGAACGCGUGGGAAAGCUGGAGUCUGUUCCCACCGGCCGUAUUGGUGGGGCUUCAUGCUACUUUCCUCCGAAAGGUGGAAGAGGACGAGUACAUCGCCACACACAGCCUGACGUUUGAGGGUAUUGGAGAAGCGGAUCUGGAGCGACUACGCAAAACAUGCCGACAAUCUGGAAUUUUGGCCUCAGGCGACGUGAAUCAGUUGGCAGCUCGUCUCCACUGGCUGAGAGAGUUCACGUCUCCAACUGCUACCAGUGCACCAGCGCCGGCGAUGGCUAUCAAGAAGCCCAGCUCCCAAUUUACCAGCAACUUCGUCUCCGCAGAUGAACCAAGGAUUGACACAACGGACGCGGCAGAGCGAAAGUCUGAGAAGGUGGGCGAAGAAGAUAAAGAAAAUCUAGAUGGCGAACCGAUUGAUGAGGAGGACUUAGACGGAGACCCUAUGGACGAGCAGCCGAGUUCUGAGCGUAGCAACGAUGUCGACGGGGAGCCGAUGGAUGACGAAGCGCUGGAUGGCGAACCACUUGACGGCGAUGUAGUUGACGAUGCGCUAGAUGGAGAACCUCUCGACGACGAAGAUUUGGAUGGGGCCCCUAUGGAUGAAGAUGAUUUGGACGGGGAGCCGAUCUAA